CAUUGAAACCAGGAAAGAAUAGUGAAACGCAGAGGUGUGCAGCAGUGUUCACGUUCACCUAUCCACCACAUUGGUGAACGAAAAUGGCAACAUGCCGGCAAGGAAAGGCAAGGCAAAAGCUGCUCUGUCUAGCCCUCUGCCGGCAAGGCAGCAUGCCGCGUCGCCCGGGCAGGUAUUUUCACCUUAUCGUUCUCGUCGAUCAACUGAUGAGCAACACGCGAAACGAACCGGACACAGCAAUGGCUUUGAUAAUCCCUCUUUUGGUGCAACCACCCUGCUGCAGCAUGAAUGAUCUGACGAGAUUCGUCACGCACUUCCCACCUCGGCUCCUCCAUCAUCUCCUCCUGUUCAGGCCCGGUCAAGAGUAAAAUGUAUCCAAUCCUCCUCUCCUGUGCGAAAGCCUGCAGGUGGGCCCCACCACCCACCAACAACCAAGCUUUUGCUCCCCAGGUUCCCUUGUGCAGCGCUGAGCAGAGCAGAGCAGAGGUAGCGGAAAGAAACAAGAGGAGGAGACUCCUAGAGGUGAAAGCAGAGUUGCGUCGGGGAAGAGAAGAGGAGAGGAGAGGAGAGAAACAGAGGAGGGAGGAAGAACCUACCAUGGUGCCGAGGGGGCGAGGGAGGGAGAUGCAGGGAGGGCCCCUGACGCUGGAGAGGUACCACCGUUUCUUCGUCGACCCAUGGGGCACCCGCCUCACCAUCGACCACCUCAACCACAUCAUCUCCAUGCACGGCUUCGUCAAGCUCCACCGCUCCAACAAGGGCGACAUCAUGCGUCGGCUGGUGGGGCAGGUGGACCUGCAGCCGCCGCGGCGCUCCACGCUGCACCGCGCGGCGGAGGGCCCGCCGUCCGACGCCGUCAUCGCCGCCGACGUGGUGAGCGCCGACGUGGACGCCAUCGGGUGGACGGAGUGCCCCAUCGGCUCCGUGGCCGUCUUGGCCGCGUCGCCCGGGGACGCGCCGGAGCCGGUGGAGCCCGAUCCCCGCCCCGCGGACUUCGUGCUCGCCGGGCGCCGCGCGCGGUCCAAGCGGAGCCGCAGCUCGGCCUACGGUCACAGGCCGCCCGAGCCCGACGACGGUGGCUCGUCGAUGGAGGUGGAGGAGAAGGAAGAUGGGGAGUGGUUGCCGCCACCGCCGUCGACUCCGCCGCGGUGGACGCGUUCUCCAACUCCGCCUCCGCCGCCUCCCUCGCCACCACACGCGACGCCGCCGCCUCCUCCGCCUCCGCCACCACGCGAGAUGGUGGCACCGCCGCCGCCUCCUCCCCCACCGUACUACGGCCAGCCCACGUUGGCGCCGCCUCCUCCUCCUCCCCCACCGUACUGCGGCCACCCGACGUUGGCGCCGCUUCCUCCCCGACCCCUACACUUCGGCGCGUCGCCCGCGGUGGUGCCAUGGCUGUCGUGGGGCCUGCCGUUGCCGGCGGCGGUGCCACUGGCGCCGCCGCCGUUCCCGGGAGCGCCUGCGUUCGCGCAGCAUCCCCCGGCGGGACAGCGACCUUUCUGGAGCCCACCGACGGUGCCGCCGUGUUACCCGGCACCAUUCUGGGGCGCGCCGUUCUGGGGUGCUCAACCUCCGCCGCCGCGGCCGUCGCCGCUGCCGCACUGGGGCCACAUCAGAUCGCCGCCAGCUCCAGCGCUGCAUCAGCCACCUCCUCCCACCUUGCAGCUGCAGCAGCAGCAAUCGCCGCCGCCGCCGCCGGGAGUUUUCUGGGGCAGGCCGGCGUAUUAGGGAGGGAGUGCAUUGCUAAGCUUGUCCUCUUGCAAUCUUUCGAGCCAACACAGAUGUAUGUACUGUUGAUCCUAAUUGUUGUUUGUAAUCACCUGUUGCAGCUAUGGGAUCAUUAUGGAUAAA